GGCCGGGGCCGCUGCACGCCGAGGGCGAGGCCGAGCCGGGCCCCCGCCGCGCCCACCCGCUCCGCGCCGAGGGCCGGAGGAUGAGUUCCCCGGGGUCCGGGUUUAUGAAAAUAUGCAUCCGUUUAAUACUGUCUUGGAAUUCAUGAGAUGGAAGCAUAGGUCAAAGCCGUUUAGAGAAAAUUGGAAGUGCAGUUCUGUCUGGGCACAUCUCUGAGGAGAAAGCAGUGGGAGUUGGAGUUACUGUCAAGUGAUUGCUGCCUGUCCUGAGAACACUUCGCUGAGCUCAGCUAUUAACGGUGACAGAGCACAGGGGACGCCGACAUUGAACAAUGACUCAGCUCUGUGUGUACAUCAGGUUACUGGGAGCCUAUCUGUUCAUCAUUUCUCGUGUUCACGGACAGAAUCUGGACAGUAUGCUCCAUGGCACUGGGGUGAAAUCAGAGUCCGACCAGAAGAAGUCAGAAAAUGGAGCCACCUUAGCGCCAGAGGACACGUUGCCUUUUUUGAAGUGCUAUUGCUCAGGACACUGCCCUGAUGACGCUGUCAAUAACACAUGCAUAACUAAUGGACAUUGCUUUGCCAUCAUAGAAGAAGAUGACCAGGGAGAAACCACACUGGCAUCAGGGUGUAUGAAAUAUGAAGGGUCUGACUUUCAGUGCAAGGAUUCACCUAAAGCCCAGCUGCGCCGGACCAUAGAGUGCUGCCGCACCCACCUGUGUAACCAGUAUUUGCAGCCGACACUGCCCCCUGCUGUUGUAGGUCCUUUCUUCGAUGGCAGCGUCCGGUGGCUGGUUGUGCUUGUGUCCAUGGCUGUCUGCAUCGUUGCUAUGAUCAUCUUCUCCAGCUGCUUUUGUUACAAACAUUACUGCAAGAGCAUGUCCAGUCGACGUCGUUACAAUCGAGACUUGGAGCAGGAUGAGGCGUUUAUCCCGGUGGGAGAGUCGCUGAAAGACCUCAUAGACCAGUCGCAGAGCUCUGGUAGCGGAUCUGGCCUCCCUCUGCUGGUUCAGCGAACCAUCGCCAAACAGAUUCAGAUGGUGCGGCAAGUUGGAAAGGGCCGGUAUGGAGAAGUGUGGAUGGGUAAAUGGCGUGGAGAGAAAGUGGCAGUCAAGGUGUUUUUUACCACCGAAGAGGCCAGCUGGUUUCGAGAAACAGAAAUCUACCAAACAGUGCUGAUGCGACACGAGAACAUACUCGGUUUCAUAGCAGCGGACAUUAAAGGCACAGGCUCCUGGACUCAGCUCUACCUGAUCACCGACUACCACGAGAAUGGGUCCCUCUAUGACUUCCUGAAAUGUGCCACCCUGGACACCAGAGCCCUGCUCAAGUUGGCUUACUCGGCUGCCUGUGGUCUGUGCCACUUGCACACAGAAAUUUAUGGCACCCAAGGGAAGCCUGCCAUUGCCCAUCGAGACCUGAAGAGCAAAAACAUCCUCAUCAAGAAAAAUGGGAGCUGUUGUAUUGCUGACCUGGGCCUUGCUGUUAAAUUCAACAGUGACACGAAUGAAGUGGAUGUGCCCCUGAACACCAGGGUGGGCACCAAGCGCUACAUGGCUCCCGAGGUGCUGGACGAGAGCCUGAACAAAAACCACUUCCAGCCCUACAUCAUGGCGGACAUCUACAGCUUCGGCCUCAUCAUCUGGGAGAUGGCCCGCCGCUGUGUCACGGGAGGGAUCGUGGAAGAGUACCAGCUGCCGUACUACAACAUGGUGCCCAGUGACCCGUCGUACGAGGACAUGCGCGAGGUCGUGUGCGUCAAGCGGCUGCGGCCGAUUGUGUCCAACCGCUGGAACAGUGACGAGUGCCUGCGGGCCGUGCUGAAGCUGAUGUCAGAGUGCUGGGCCCACAACCCAGCCUCCAGACUCACGGCGCUGCGGAUCAAGAAGACGCUGGCCAAGAUGGUGGAGUCGCAGGACGUGAAGAUCUGAGCGCCGGGCUGCAGGUGCCGCCCCCGCCCCCGGGCUCGCCAGGGCCAGUGUGGGAGGAGGACUCGAACCUGGCUCGCAGCCGCCCUCACUGCACCUUCCCGGGCUGCUAGCGUCAGACCCUCCCGUAUCCCAGAAGCCGGGAACUCGUAGACACUUGGUUUCUAUACGAACAGCUGUGUUUUAAAUGUGGUAUUUGAUGCCUUUUUUUAUUGGGUUUCUAUGAACUGCAUAGACUUCAAUCCUGAUGAGUAGGGCUCCAGUCAGACUCUGGGUGCUGAGCUGCCUGGUCAGCAGGUGGUGCUUUCUGUGAAAGCCUCCGGAAGAUAGAGUUCAGCAGAGAUGGAGAAGCACACGCUUGCCUUCUACCCGAGGACGUUCCAUCUGUGCGCUCCGCUUGCCUUUGCAGAGUGGCCCCGAGGGGGCGCCUGGCCUGCCUCCGUCACCGCGUGCGUGUGCACGCCACCCCGCCCUGGGAGCUGGAAGACAAUGACGGGCGAGUGCACAGGAAGGUGCUGGUGGCUGCUGGUUUUGUGCUUUAAAAAUGCGAUUUCUGACCGAGAGUCCCCUUCUUUAAAAGCCUCUCCCACCCGUGUUUCUUCUUAAUGUCAAAGUCGGUGUCAAGGCCAAAAGAAGUCUAAAGUGCCCGUGAAUCUGGACUGUUUUCCUGCUACCACCUUUUUUUUUGAGGGGGGGAGUAUUUUGUUGGGAAGAGCACCCUCCCCAGAGCUGGAGCCUCCAGUGCCAUAAGCCGCGUCGCCUAGAAAGCACCUGCUGUGCGUUUGCCCGCGGUGCCAGCGCCGCUGACUGCCUUCUGUGUUCCUCGUCCUCAGUGACUUUUAAAAGGGAAGUUAUUUAUAUUUUGUGUAUAAUGUGCUUUACUUGCAAAGCCCCUGCUCCCUGACAGCCUGCGGGGGUCACAUGUGUCCGUGUAUUAGCAGCCAGCUCACGGGGCCCACAGCCCACCCCCCAGGGGAGACGCUGGGGAGAGCGGGACUGUGGGGGAGUGUUCAGAAUGAUCGCGGCCACGGCAGGGCUCCCCAUGCCAGGCCCUGUCAGCUCCGGGCAAAAAUUUUUCCACUAAGAUCACAAUAUUCCUUUAUGAGAAGAUUCUCUUGAUUAGAAAUGUUGUCUCAGAGCUGAUGGAAAUCCAUGCGCAACUGUUAAUUAAGUGUGUUGUAGGCAACCAGAUGGUUUGUGUUUUCUGCGCCCUGCUGUGUGCAGACACUAGAGAGUCGGGAGAGGCUCAGCACCUGGUCAGCGCCCGUGAGCAGGCGGUGCACCUGUCACUCAGUAAAAUGGCGCCAGUUUCCUAGAUGCUUUCCCGCCUCCAGGAACGGUGCAGGUCCUGCAGCUUGCUACCACGUAACGCCUCCAGAUAGCCACCUCCUGCUCAGAACACACAGCUCAUGGGCACAUCCCGUGAGACCGACAUAGCAUCCACGCGGGGAUAUCACACACGGUCAGAAAGGCUUAAAUUAAACACAGGCAUCACAGCUCAUGUCCUUCCGUGUCGUUGGAAGCUAAAACACACACGUGGAGUGUCUACACAAAUUCGAAGCUUGCCUUAUCCGUCUGGAUUGUUUAGUAAGUUGCGUCUCACAUAAUCAGAAUCGGAAGUGUUUAUUAAGAUAAGUAAAUUUGCAUAUUGGCAGUACCAAAUAACUUGCCUUUUUGCCUUUUCAGAAUGUUUCCCCAUCUAUAUAUCCAGAAAUAUAUUUUCAUCGAGAUUGCCACAUAACGUUUUUGAACCCUGGUUAACCUUGGUUAACCUUGGUUUGUGUGUGACUUGAUAAACUAAAAAUCUUGGUCAUCUUAGGAUAGGAAAUUUAUACCGAAAGGCAAAUUUCAUUCUUAGAAAUGCUAAAAUGGUAUGUGAAGCAAAAAAUUGCAGUGUAUGAGGUCACGAUGAUGAUGUUUUUAAUUAGUUUAGACUGGUGACAGUGAUACUGAGAAUUAACCUGAAAAAACUUGUUCAACAAAAACAUUUCCUAGGAUAUAUGAUCUUCUUCAAAAAGCAAAUGCUGCCAGAUUUGGAAUCCUGAAA